AACAAAAUGGCCGAACACACUGGAGCUACGGUCACAAUGCUUUGAGCAGCCGGACAGACAAGGUAUAGCUGGAUGUUUUGAUGGCCCGCAACUGCAGUAAUUAUCACGUGAACCAGUCCAUCGGUAUAUAACAUCGACUACUGGCCACGUCCAAAUCAUAUUUAUAGAUAUAUAUCUGCUGUGGUUGGCGUAAACACACUGUACAGCAGUGUCCGGGGGAACAGCUCCCACCACAGAGACGGUAACUCUGCCAGUUGCACCAGUUAGCCGCAUCUGGAGCUGAGCAGGAAGCCUCACGGAGCUGAGUGUGGGCAUGCUGAACCUUGUGUCAAAGCACAUCACCAAGAAACGACGAUGAACAGGAAGAAGGAUAAAGGAUUUGAGAGUCCGCGCCCUUUUAAAUUGACCCACCAGGCGGUGUGCAUCAACAACAUCAAUUUCCAGAGGAAGUCUGUCAUUGGCUAUGUGGAGCUGACGAUUUUCCCUACAGUGGUCAACCUGAACAGGAUCAAGCUCAACAGCAAACAAUGCCGCAUCUACAGGGUCCGAGUCAAUGAACUUGAAGCCCCAUUCAUUUAUAAUGACCCCACGCUGGAGGUGUGCCACCAUGAGUCCAAGCAGAGAAACCUCAACUAUUUCUCCAGUGCCUACACAGCCGCAGUGAGUGCUGUAGACCCUGAUGCAGGGCAUGGGGAGCUGGUCAUCAAAGUCCCCUCUGAGCUAUGGAAACAAGGAGAUGAUUUGAAAGUUUUAAAGGUGUAUAUUGAAUUUUCUCUGGACCAGCCAAAAGGAGGUCUCCACUUUGUUGUUCCUGAUGUGGAAGGCAGUAUGGCGGAGAGAGGAGCUCACGUGUUCUCAUUUGGAUACCAGAACUCCACCAGAUUCUGGUUCCCCUGUGUCGACUCCUACUCAGAGCUCUGUACAUGGAAAUUGGAGUUCACUGUGGAUGCUUCCAUGGUGGCGGUGUCUUGUGGCGAUCUCGUGGAAACCAUCUACACCCAUGAUAUGAGGAAGAAGACUUUCCACUAUGUCCUCCCCAUUCCUACUGCGGCCCCCAAUAUCUCUCUGGCUGUGGGGCCCUUUGAAAUCCUAGUAGAUCCCUACAUGCAUGAGGUGACCCAUUUCUGCCUGCCACAGCUGCUGCCACUGCUCAAACACUCCAUGUCUUACCUUCAUGAGAUUUUUGAGUUCUAUGAGGAGAUCUUGACAUGCCGCUACCCUUAUGCCUGCUUCAAGACUGUGUUUGUGGACGAAGCCUAUGUCCAAGUGUCCACAUAUGCUUCCAUGAGCAUCUUCACUACUAACCUGCUCCACAGUGCCAUGAUCAUAGACCAGACCCCUCAGACACGCCGCUGUCUGGCCCAGGCAUUGGCUCAGCAGUUCUUUGGCUGCUUCAUCUCCAGGAUGUCAUGGGCUGAUGAGUGGGUGUUGAAGGGAAUCUCUGGUUACAUCUACGGCCUCUACCUAAAGAAGACCUUUGGAGUCAAUGAAUACCGGCACUGGAUCAAAGAGGAGUUGGACAAAAUUGUGGACUACGAACUGAAGAUGGGAGGUGUUCUAUUGCACCCAACAUUCAGUGGAGGCAAAGAGAAGGACAAUCCAACUCCACAUCUUCACUUCUCCAUAAAGCACCCCCACACACUGUCCUGGGAGUACUACAAGAUGUUCCAGUGUAAGGCUCACCUGGUGAUGAGACUGAUAGAAAACAGGAUCAGCAUGGAGUUUAUGCUGCAGGUUUUCAAUAAGCUCCUGAGCCUGGCCAGCACAGCCUCAUCCCAGAAGUACCAGAGUCAAAUGUGGAGUCAGAUGCUCCUGUCUACUCAUGCCUUCCUCAAAUCCAUCUCCAAUGUCUCUGGCAAAGACAUAGGACCCCUCAUCAAACAAUGGGUAGACCAGAGUGCUGUGGUAAAAUUCUUUGGCAGUUUUGCCUUCAACAGGAAGAGGAACGUGCUUGAGCUCGAGAUUCGUCAGGACUACACAUCAUCUGGAACCCAGAAAUAUGUGGGUCCCAUCAAGGUGACCGUGCAGGAGCUGGAUGGAUCCUUCAACCACACGCUACAGAUCGAGGAGAACAGCCUCAAGCAUGACAUCCCCUGUCACUCCAAGAGCAGACGAAACAAGAAAAAGAAGAUUCCUCUGAUGAAUGGAGAAGAAGUUGACAUGGAUUUAUCAGCCAUGGAUGCUGACUCUCCUCUUCUCUGGAUCCGGAUUGACCCAGACAUGUCCAUUCUGAGGAAGGUGGAGUUUGAACAGGCUGACUUCAUGUGGCAGUAUCAGCUGCGCUAUGAGAGGGAUGUAGUUGCACAGGAGGAGGCCAUCACAGCAUUGGAGAAGUUCCCGACUCCUGCCUCCAGACUGGCCCUGACAGACAUCCUGGAGCAAGAACAGUGUUUCUACAAAGUCCGCAUGCAGGCGUGCUUCUGUUUGGCCAAGAUAGCUAACGCCAUGGUGAGCACAUGGCAGGGUCCGCCAGCGAUGAAGUCCCUGUUCACCCGAAUGUUCUGCUGUAAGAGCUGCCCCAACAUCGUCAAGACCAACAACUUCAUCAACUUCCAGAGUUACUUCCUACAAAAGACAAUGCCUGUUGCCAUGGCGCUACUCAGAGAUGUCCAGAACCUCUGCCCCAAAGAUGUCCUCAACUUCAUCCUUGAUUUGAUCAAGUACAAUGACAACCGAAAAAACAAAUUUUCUGAUAAUUACUACCGUGCAGAUCUGAUUGAAGCACUGACCAACUCUCUGACCCCAGCCAUCAGCAUCAACAAUGAGGUGCGGACAGUGGACAAUUUAAAUGCUGAUGUCCGUCUCAUUUUGGAGGAGAUCACAAGAUUCUUAAACAUGGAGAAACUGCUGCCAAGCUUCAGAAACACCAUCACUGUCAGUUGUCUGAGGGCGAUUCGACAGCUUCAGAAAAACGGUCAUAUUCCCAGUGACGCAUCACUUUUCAAAUCCUACGCUGAGUAUGGACACUUCGUAGAUGUUCGCAUUGCUGCAGUAGAGGCUCUGGUUGACUAUACUAGAGUUGAAAGAAACUCAACUGAACUGCAGUGGCUGCUCAACAUGGUCAGGAAUGACCCAUGUCAUUAUGUCAGGCAUGAGAUCCUGGGUAUGCUCUGUAAAAAUCCACCUUUCACAAAGACAACUGACUCAGCUCUGUGUAACGAAGCUCUGGUUGACCAGCUCUGGAAGCUUAUGAACUCAGGUACCUCCCAUGACUGGCGGCUACGCUGUGAUGCCGUGAACCUCUACUAUACAUUGUUCGGUUUGACUCGGCCCUCCUGCUUGCCCCUGCCAGAACUGGGACUUGUGCUCAACCUGAAGGAGAAGAAAGCUGUCUUAAACCCCACCAUUAAGCCUGAACUUGGUGUUGGCACUGUCAUGGACACGCCUGCCAGUAUUGGCAUCCAUGGUGUCGGCAUGAGCUACACAGCAGUAGAUGAAGAGCCAGAUCCUAUUUCAUUAGGGGUGUGUGGGGUGGGCCAGCCUCCUCAGGGCCUGAAGAGGAAGGCUGACACCCCACUGGGCUCCCCUCCAGAGCCAGGACAGGUCCUGCAGCAGCAGGAUGAUGAUGGAAGAGGAGCACGCUUCAAGAUCAGGUUCAACACAAUGGAAGAGGAGGAUAUUGAUAUGGAGACUGUUCAUGAUAGUCAGGCCUUCAUUCACCAUCAUCUCAAUCUGUUGGAAAGACCCUCAACACCAGGUAAAGAGCCACCAUCGGUUGAACAGUCCAUGCUCUCCAUGCCCACCACACCGGUGCCGUCCUUUGCCAAAGAGACUGGCUCUAUGUCCUCCAAACAUGGCAGCGAACAUGGCCACCACCACCACCACCACCACCACCAUGAGCACAAGAAGAAGAAGAAGAAGCACAAGCACAAACACAAACAUAAGCACAAACACGAAAGCAGGGACAAGGAGAAGGACAGAGAGAGAGACAACUCCCAUACCUACAGCAACAGCCCGGCCAGCGGCAGGUCGCUGCGCUCGCCAUCUUUGUCUGACUAAAAUAUCUGGAGGGGAGAUUGGUUUCCAGUUGUUUUCAUCAGGGUUAACUGGAUACAUUUUGAACAUGUUUAACUGAUUCAGAUAUUCAUUACUCAGUAGUAUUAUGAUACAGCAAGACAAUUUUUUAUAAACUGUGAAAGAAAAUGGUGCAGUUGUGGUGUUUAAAUCCUGGAAUGAAUGAAAACACUGAGUUCCUCUGUAUGUUGGCUAUAUGGAAUUCCAAACUGAAGCUGCAAUGUCAUUAAGGUCAACCCUCCAGAGGUAUCCUUUUGUCUUCAUACCACAAAGACACACAUAGCCUGUGAGAGUUUGUGGAUCCAUAAACAGGCAAAUACCAUUUUAGCCAACCUCAUGUUUCUUCACUAGAUUGAAUCCAGUUCCACAACGACAUUUAUGGCUGACUUUACUCUGGCAGUGCUUCCUGGGCUUGAUUAGGAGGUUUUAACAAUGAAAUGAAUAUGCAGAGUUCCAUAUUCCCUGUGUACAUAACCAGAGGGGUAUCAAAAGUGGGAUGGAAUUUUCUCUUUAAUUUUUUUUAAGUUUAAAUUCAUCUUCUCUUGAAUACAGUAAAGACAAAUAAAAUCUCCAUGUUAACAAUCUUGACAUAGGAUAAAUACUCUCAGCAUUUAUUCCCAUUAAGUACGUGUGCAUUAUCCUAGGAACCUAUCCUAUUCUAGGGGAUUAUUGGUUUCACAAAUACAUUGUAGAUAAAAACAAUCUUUAGUUUCAACUGUGACAAAGUUUUAUGGAGGAAAAAAAAAGGAUGCAGCAUUACUUGGGUCAUUUUACCUUUUUUAUAUUGUAUUAUUUGUUUCAGAUUAUGUUUACAAAUAAUUGAAUAGAAUUAUCUCAUAUUUGGGUAGAAAGCAAAGCAUAUUGAUGCCUUUGUGAAAAAUGGUUGUAGAAAGAUAUUUGAUAUGGGAAGAACGUGUUGCUUCUUGUCUCAUUUAACCAGUUCGAACCAGUCACUUAAGUAUAAAAAGAAAAGAAAAAAUAUACCAGUACCACCUUGCACUGCUCAAUUUUCCCAGUUGCACUCAACAACACCUACGAUACCAUUAUUGGUCAAGACAGUGUUGUGUAACAAGAGAUCUCUGCCAGGAUUCAAACACGGUGCUUCCACUGCAUGGACAGAUGUGUUACCAGUACACAAAGGAGUACAGGAGUAGUUGAACCACAGCGCCUCUAUCCAUAUCGACAACUGUAGCCAUAGCUGGAAGCUGCCAGUCUUAAUAGUGUGAGUUAGUCAUUUCGAUAUUAACUGCAAAGGUUCUUGGAGUUGAGAUUCCAACAGUGUUCAGUCAUUGCGAUUUGAGCUGUGUGUUGCAGAGUAGUGUGGUGGGUGGUGUGAAAAACUGUUUCAUGUCCCUUUCAGACACAAGAAUUCUAAAACUUAGCAUUAUGGCUUGCAGGGCGCCACAAUGUUUUUUUUUGGUUGUGUUGAGCAAAGCAGUGCAUGCAGCUCAGUGUCGAACUUAAACUUUGGGAUGGAAGUGCACUGACGAACAGCUGAACCCGGAGUGAACACUGCUGAAAUUCCGUUAUGUCUCUCUGGUGAAGGUGCCCCUGAAUCUGCUCCACUGUAAGAGCUUCUUGCUCAGUCUUGACUUUGUCUGAUUUUUGUUGUCGUAACCCUAUUUAGAUUUUUCUACACCAAGUUGGACAGUUUUUUUUACCCUCAGCCAUACUGACUUAAUGAUGGGCCUUGUAUGUGGACUGUGAAAGGCACAAAGCCCUCAUCUUUGCUUCACUGAGUGUGUUUUGCUAAUUUUCUUGUGGAAUGGCUUGCUUACUAGUGUUCGAGGCCCGCCGCUCCAUCCCCCACACAACCAUACACUUCUCUAACAUAUCAGAGACAUUCAAAACCCUGUUUCUUAACUUAUCCAAGUCCUUGAGCAACCCCCAUCUGCCUCACAGAUUGUUUUCAGCUCAUCGCUAGUUUUGAUGGACUCAAUGAUCUGGAUUAGCUGGAUAGUUUUCUUCUUCCCUCAAAACUUAAGCGUCUUCUGAAACAUCCAUUUAAAGCUUUGCUUUUCUCCAUAAUUGCAUCUGGAACAUUGGGAAAAUAGUUUUAUGACUAUUUCACUAACCCCCAAUCCAUAGCAAAUUGCAUCACAGCCUCUGUCAUCUGUGUAUGAAUGUGACCAGUGCUGUAAAUUGCUGUUGAUCAAUUAGACAUAGACAAAUCAGACGAUGUCAUCCACCAUAAGAAUUGGCCCUCAGGGGCUGGUUUUUAAGAAAUAGGUGGAGACCCUUCAGCAUAAAAGCAAGACUGACAAAGAGUUUCGCUCCCAGGACCAACCUCACUGUUUAUUUUUUAUGCUGCCUUGUAUAGUGUAAUAAAGUCCUUUGUACCAGA